CUCCCUCCCUGUCUGAGCCCCAGCCACCCGGAGCCACUUCCUCCCUGCAGGGAUCUCUCUGGGUCUCAGGCCCAGCUCCAUUGCCUCCAGCAGAAAUGGCGUCUGGAGAGGUCCUGCACGUGAAGACCCCCAUCCGGGACAGCAUGGCCCUGUCCAAGGUGGCAGGCACCAGUGUCUACCUCAAGAUGGACAGUGCCCAGCCCUCCGGCUCCUUCAAGAUCCGGGGCAUUGGGCACCUCUGCAAAACGUGGGCAGAGAAAGGCUGUGAGCAUUUUGUCUGCUCCUCAGCGGGCAACGCAGGCAUGGCCACAGCCUAUGCUGCCCGGAAGCUGGGUAUCCCCGCCACCAUCGUAGUGCCCUGCACCACGCCUGCUCUCACCAUUGAGCGACUCAAGAAUGAAGGUGCCAUGGUCAAGGUGGUUGGCGAGUCUCUGAACGAGGCCUUUGAGCUUGCUAAGUCUCUGGCGAAGAACACCCCAGGCUGGGUCUACAUCCCUCCUUUUGACGACCCCCUGAUCUGGAUAUUCCUAACUGACUCGGUGGCAGUGAGGCAACCCUUUCUCCAGCAAACACAAUACGUUCUCAAAAAGUUGAUACUUUCUCGAGAUCUUUCAUGCAUUUGCUUUGGGGCCAAGGCUGAGCGGAGUGUACGGUGCUAUGUAAUAAGGCCGGGCUUUAUUAAACGCGCCCCAUUGGGGGAAGCCAGCCUCAAAGGCUUUCUGGUGCCCUGUCCACUGGCCCUCUGCCCUUCCCCCUCACUGACCAUCCCUCUGCCCUUCCCCCUCACUGACCACCCUUUAGUCCCAUUCUCUCCACUGUUCUUUCUUUCUCCCCGCCCUCCCAGCGUCGCCAAGGCCCUGGGCGUGAGCACGGUAGCUAAGCAGACCCUGAAGCUGUUCCGGGAGCACCCCAUCUUCUCCGAAGUCAUCUCAGACCAGGAGGCAGUGGUCGCCAUUGAGAAGUUUGUGGAUGACGAGAAGAUCCUGGUGGAGCCUGCCUGUGGGGCAGCCCUGGCCGCAGUCUACAGCGGCGUGGUCCAGAAGCUGCAGGCGGAGGGGAAGCUCCGAGCCCCACUGCCCUCCCUGGUCAUCAUUGUCUGCGGGGGCAGCAACAUCAGCCUGGCCCAACUGCAGGCCCUCAAGGAGCAGGUGGGCUUGAAGAAUGGGCUGGCCAUGUAAGGAGCCCUCCCAGCCUGGUUGGCCGGGUCCCCUGGAGGAGCCGGUGUUUUAUCCAGCCCCUCACUGUAAAUAGUAGCCGUGUUUGAUGACGAGGUGGUGGCUCGGAGGGGCGGGCGCUGCCUUGUGGCUAUCAGGGCCCAUUACACGGGGGAUCUGGGUUCCCUGAGAGAGGGUCCGUUGAGCAGUGAAGCCAGUCUCUUC